AACAAUGAAGCGAUUUAAUCAGGGAAGUGAUUCCAGAGACUCUUCGAACUCGCAGCGUUGCUUUGAAAUCAGACACAACAGCAACCGACCAAUGCUUUUGUCUCCUCACACGAGGGAGCAUGAACUUGAUGAGGACAUCUCCGGUAGGGAGGCCAUGCUCAGGAGGAGAAAGCUACCGAAGACGACGGCCACAUUGUUCCCACCUUCCUCCUCUGCUUCUUCGAAGAUGAUUUGGUCUAAAAAAGAUGAGAUCUUUAUUCUCUCGGGGAUUUUGGAGUAUCAAAGUGAAACCGAAACUUGCUACAAUCAGGACUGGGAUGCUUUUUACGGUUACAUAAGAGAGUCCAUGAGAUCAGAUUUCUCUAAGGCACAGAUAAUGGGUAAGGUUAAGAAGUUGAAGAAGAGGUUUAAAGAUAAUGAAGCCAAGAUAAUGAUGGAUUAAGACUCUCUUUUACUAACACCGAAGACAAAGAACUGUUCAGAUUGUCAAAGCUCAUAUGGGUUGAAAAAGAAACUGAAUGGGUUUAUGAGGAGAAGAACAAGGACAAGAUAAAGGAGGAGGAUGUGCCUUGUGCUGAGAAUGAGCGUGUGGUGGGAAAUGAGAAUACGAAGAUAGAUAAUGUUGAGGAAGAAGAUGGUGCGGAUGAUUUGUGUGUUAUAAAGAACGCACUUGAGGCUGCUGCAUCAUAUCGGAGUUUAAGUGAAGAUCUACGGAAGGUUCUGUUUCGUAAGUUGAAAAAUGUUGGAGCUGAUCGAAGGAAAGAGUUGGCUGACGGAUGGAAGGCAUUGUUCGCUGCGGACAUGGAAUUGGAUAUCAAGAAACGAGAUUUCUUUGCAAUGCUUCUAAACUUGGGAUUCUCUGCUUAGUCUCAAGAAGGAUUAAAGUUGUGUUUUUGGAAUGUUUUAGACUGUUUCGGUUGUUCCUAUCAAUGUUUUUUGUUGUGUGUUUAAGCCAUCUUUUGAACAUUUACUAUUUUUAUGGCUUCCUUUUCUUCAGUGUAAUGGGGUGUGUGUUUUUUUUUCUUGGUUGGCUUGUGCACUCUA